CGAAUGCUCGAUGCUGACGCCGAUACUCCCGACUCAGGAGAAGACGCGCACUGAGAACUCGCUGCGUUUUCAUCCAAAAGCCAACGCUAGUCGUCCGUAAAAGUGGCAACGUGAGAUGGCUGCCCUCCGGCUUCGGCCGCCGCAGUCCAGUCGCGAGACCGUCGUCGUUACGCGCGCGCGCGCGUCGGAAACAACCGUCGCCCCGGUGACGCACGCAAAACAUUCACGAGCUCGCGCGCUCGGCGGUGUUCAAGUAGCCUCAAGCUUGACUCGGACUCAGACGCGACCAUGACAGCGGGGGCGGUGGCGGCGCCGCGCAUCAUUCCCAUCGUGCGAGGGAACAAAGCCACGUCAAAGAACCACAUUGACACCAACACGCUUGUUUGCAUUCAGUCAGACACGGGCCAGGCGCGUCUUCUCUACACGCUGGACGGCUCCGAGCCCGCGCGCGAGGCGCCUUCGGGCUCGGGAAGCGGCGGGCGCCGCUACCUUUCGCCUUUCCUGCUGCCCGGCGGCCGAGUGUGCGUGCGAGCCGUGGCCGCCACCAGCGACGGCCGCGAGAGCGCCACCGUCACCAAAGUCUUCGUCGUCCGGGAGGCGGAGCCUUUGCAACAGGAGGCGAUUCCGGGCCAAGGCUUGCGCCGCGACGUUGCGACCUCGCGCCGGCCUCAAGGGUCAAAGGUGACGGGCGGCGCCCGGUCCCUUUCGGGUCCUCGCGUGGCUCCGCCCGCCGGCGUUUCCGCGCGCUCCGGUUGGGAGGUCACCGGACCCCCCGGCGGCGCGCCGGACACGUGCGCUCACUUCCCAAGGUGUCCAAUUUUCUGUCUGACCUGCGGCACUUUGGCACCGCACGCGAAGGCCCCCGCUGAUGGAGGACAGCCGCUGCGUUGCGUGUGGUGCCACGCUCAAGUUCCAGUCGACGCUCACGUGUGUUCCAGAGGCCACGCCCCCGGACAGCAGAAGCUCCGCCGCGGCCUCCGGGCUCACAUUUUGUGCGCGUGUUGUGGACGAGGAAGCCCGGCUGACCUGUCGCACUGUUUGACGUGCGACAGCCGCCUGCGCACGGAAGGACGCGCGCACGUAGGGCACUCACGCAUACAUCCGUACGCCCGCCCGAAAGGCAUGCGCGCGUUUUUUUUGUCGCGGUCGCAGACGGCGUCGGAGGUGGAGAGCGCCCCCUGUGCGCAGGAGGACUCGCACGAGGCAAACCCGUCCUGCUCCGCGUGUCGACGUGUCAACCGGGGGGACGCCCGCUACUGCGACUGGUGUGGCGCAAAGCUUUCCAAGGCGCGGCGCCGGGCGCAGACCUCGGGAACACGCUGGCCAUCGGGGACCGACGGACCGCGGGCGCCGCGCACCGCCGUCAGCCCGGGAAGAGGUCAGACCCAAGCCGCGCCCCCGCGAGCUCGCAAGCGUUUCAGACAAGCGCCGACCGGCGCUGGAAGGGUGACGAUGUCGCGGGUUGAGCGGACGUGUCCCGCCAGGUUACUGGAGGAACCAACUGGAUCACGUGUGCGCUCACCUGAGGAGUUUUGCCCAGAACGACGCCCCCUUCAGGACUCUGUUGGGAGAGCCUCGCCUCGGCCGGAUGACUCGGGCCGCGCUUCAGGAAGACGGCCGAGAGGUCAGUCUGACCCUCGGCUUCGCGGCGGCCGAGGACGUCCGGCACAAAGUCGGAGAGAAACAAGUGGAAGCAAAGCAAGCAGCGUUGAGAUGCGCCAGUCAAAGGACGUCCAGCUGCUCCAGGAGUUGGGACCGGGCCGCGGUCGCGUGGGCGUCGUCCGGCGGCUCCUGGAUCAGGGAGCGGACCCCAACUGCCGGGGCGGCGCCGCCGCGGCCAUCGCCGCCAUCAACGGGCAUCACGCCGUCCUGCCGCUUUUACUGCAGCGCGGCGCCGACAUCGACCGGCGAUCCGGCCCGAAGAAGAACACGGCGCUGCACGAGGCCGCCGCGCGAGGACCGGAAGGACUCGGCUGCGCGCGAGUUCUCCUCAGCUGCAACGCCGCCACCGGAGUGCGCAACGGCGACGGUCUGACGCCGUACGACGUGGCCAUCGCCGGCGGAUGCGGCGACAUGAUGUCGCUACUUGGUGGCUCCGCCUCUUUGGGAGGGGCGGAGCUCACGCCGGGCUCAAACUCAUCUCGGGUCGCGUGAGCG